UAAGGACCACACUUGGAUUAUCAUGAUCAAGAUCAAGAUCAAGAUCAUUAAUUUCCUUGCCUUUAUAAACUCGCAGAACUCCCUCCUCCUCUUCGUAAGAGCUCUAUUCCUUCACCAUUAUUCUCUCUCCAAACCAGUAUUAAUUCUUCUUUAGCAACACCAAGUAUGGCACUCGCCAUAUCAACCCUUCUCUUCCUUUUCUUCACUGUAUCAUCCGCCUUGGACAUGUCAAUCUUUAACCAUGGCGACAAUCACCUAAACCAUGAUCAGUCGAGCUGGAGAAGCGAUGAUGAGGUGAUGAGUAUAUACAAAUGGUGGCUUCAAAAGCAUGGUAAAGCAUACAACAAGCUAGGAGAGACGGCAAAAAGGUUUGAAAUCUUUAAGAACAAUUUGAGAUUCAUUGAUGAACAUAACUCUCAAAACCGUACGUACAAAGUUGGGUUGACCAAGUUUGCUGAUCUUACCAACCAAGAGUACCGUGCCAUGUUCUUGGGCAUGAGGAGUGACCCAAAGCGUAGAUUAAUGAAGUCCAAAAACCCGAGUGAAAGGUACGCUUUCAAGGCUGGAGACAAGCUGCCAGAAUCUGUGGAUUGGAGAGGAAAAGGAGCUGUCAAUCCGAUCAAAGAUCAAGGAAGUUGUGGUAGUUGCUGGGCUUUUUCAACAGUAGCUGCUGUGGAAGGAAUAAACCAGAUUGUAACAGGGGAGCUGAUCUCUCUAUCAGAACAGGAACUUGUAGACUGUGACAGGUUCUAUAAUGAAGGUUGCAAUGGAGGCCUCAUGGACUACGCAUUCCAAUUCAUUAUCAACAAUGGUGGCCUGGACACCGAAAAGGACUAUCCAUAUCUAGGCAAUGAUGAUACAUGUGACAGAGACAAGAUGAAAACCAAGGCUGUUAGCAUUGAUGGGUUUGAGGAUGUUUUGCCUUUUGACGAGAAAGCAUUGCAGAAAGCUGUGGCACAUCAGCCAGUUAGUGUUGCCAUUGAAGCCAGUGGCAUGGCCUUACAAUUCUACCAGUCUGGAGUGUUCACUGGUGAAUGUGGGACAGCUCUAGACCAUGGUGUUGUUGUUGUUGGAUAUGGCACGGAGAAAGGACUGGAUUAUUGGCUUGUUAGGAACUCAUGGGGCACAGAAUGGGGCGAGCAUGGAUACAUCAAGAUGCAACGUAACGUCCGCGACACAUACACUGGCAGAUGUGGGAUUGCAAUGGAAUCUUCAUACCCAGUCAAGAAUGGCCAGAACACUGCUAAACCUUACUUGGCUGAUGAAAGCGCAGGUGAGAAGAUCAGCAGUAUUUGAAGCAUCGUAUUUGCUAGCUGUAUCGAGCAAAACAAGAAGGCAAGGUGACUAAAGGUGCAAAUAAAUUGAUGAUUGGUGAGAUUGUGUGUUGAUUUAUUGUGCUGAUCACAAGACUCUGAUCCUUCUUGGUCUAAGUUUACCAAGAGGACAAUGAGACCAGCUAUUCAUGUUUGUUUCCAAUUCCAUGGAUGAUUGUCUUUGUA